AUGCUUUUUCACUUUGCUGGUUAUGUGGUGUUAAUUGGCCAAGUUGUGAACGAUGCGUACACGACAGUACUGAAUGCAAUAACUACUGGAUCGGCCUACAAUACAGAGAAUUCUGUUAUACUUGAGAAAGGAAAUAUACUAAAAGUAUCCGACUCAACUGGUUUUACAAUUGCUGAUACUUUGUCAAUUGCACAAUCGGCGUCAUUCUUAGUCUUUAACCGAACUCCCUUUAGCAGCAUACGUGUGGGGACAUCUAUAGCUGGAUCCACUUUAAGAAACAAUGGCCUUAUCCAAUUUGAGAGUAGAAAUGUUAAUUCUAAUAAUAAUUCUGAUAAUGAGUACAUAAUUGCAAUGGAUACUUUUGAAAAUCAGGGUGACAUGUUCUUUCUAGCUGAUGCUAAAUCAGCAAAGCUCUCUGUCUCAAUGACUGCUCGAUCAUGGACAAAUUAUGGACAGCUUUAUUUUGAAAAGAAACUACCUGGUUUGGCUAUGGUUGAAAUGACGGAGUCAGAUAGCGUAGCCUACAAUCGUGGGACAAUGUGUCUUACGAAUACACAGAUCAAUGAGUGGAUGCCUGUAGGUGGUGAUGGCUGUGUGGUUUUUUAUAAUUCAAUACUUAUGUCACUAGCGACAACUGCUUCAUCUCAAACCCGAGUAGCUUAUAUGGCACAAGCUGGCACCAUUCUUGAGAGAGCGCUAGUAAACACAUAUUGGGAUGUCUUCAAUUUUGCCCAAGGACUGGCGCUUGGUAUAAUGAGUUCUAUUGAGCGUUCUGGAUCAACUAAUUAUUGGUCCUAUAAUGUGAUUUUAGGAACAUUAACUCUCAUGGAUAGAUACACUGGUAAAACAGCAAGUUUUGAUAUUGGAACGGGAUACGAUUCUAACAAGUUUCGUAUUAUUGAUCUAGGUGGAUAUUCGAGUAAUGCUUUAACGUACGAUGGUAGUGUCCCCUUUCAACUAAUAAGCUUUAGAGUUCGUCCAAGCACUUGUGAUCGAUGCCUGACGAAAAAUGUCAUAUCAGUUGUCGACCCUAUAGUUUCAGUUAAUACUAAAAGUCCAGACUAUGCAAUAAUCAGAACAAGUGUAUUUAAUAGUGGCUGGACUACAGUCACUUCAUAUAUUGCAGAUAAACAAACUACAACUGUUGAGCGCGAUGAUGUUACAGCAACAACAACAGAAACACAGGUACUCUAUUUGACAGUUAUUAGCAGUGCUAUUGAAACAAAAACUUCCCUUCACAUCCCUACUUCACAGGCAUAUCUCACAACCUACACCACCAAUUUUGAUGGCUCUAACACUAUUGUUACCGCUUUCUAUGAGGAAAAAACCAUUGAUAAUGGCCAUUGGACUUCUGAUACACAUACGCAGUUGAUUGAAGUACGGACAAGUGCCAAAAGAACCACUACCACAAGUUCUAGGACCACUAUCACAAAAGAUGUGCAGCUAAUCAUCUACGACUAUGGGACAGCGACAUACACAGUCACCGGACAAACUUUACCUGAUCCAGUUGCAUAUACUGAGACUAUAACCACAGAUGAAGGAAAAGGUACAUACACCGGUAUUGUCAAGGUCACCUCAGAUGAAGAGAAUUGGUGGCAUACGACGACGGAGAUGGUUCCGAGACUGACGUAUACAUCCACUUUCACUAGUAUCAAUGAGGAAGGUGUCACAAACACUGCUAUUGUUACAGCAGUUACCGAUGAGUUUGGAGAGUGGGUCACCCACACGUCGUACCACAUUCCUGUUUCAGAAACGUAUCUUGAAGUGUCAAAGAGCAGAAAUGAAGCAGGUGAUACUAUUAGAUGGACCGAUUUGGUUGAGAUCAAGACUGAAGAUGGUGGAGAAUGGGUGACAUUGACGUAUACAGAGCUUAUGGAAACUACUACGUUCACCACCAGAGUGGUUACCGAGAUUGAAGAAACGAUGCAAACUAAGGAUGCAGAGAUUUCCGGAUACUAUUUUGAAGAGUUUGGAAUGUUUUAUGAAACAAAGUUGUUAGCCGAUCCAGUUGCAUAUACUGAGACUAUAACCACAGAUGAAGGAAAAGGUACAUACACCGGUAUUGUCAAGGUCACCUCAGAUGAAGAGAAUUGGUGGCAUACGACGACGGAGAUGGUUCCGAGACUGACGUAUACAUCCACUUUCACUAGUAUCAAUGAGGAAGGUGUCACAAACACUGCUAUUGUUACAGCAGUUACCGAUGAGUUUGGAGAGUGGGUCACCCACACGUCGUACCACAAUUUUGAUGAGUCAAUUAUGGUCACAGAAGAAUGGACGACAUUAAUGAGAGAUACCGAAAUGUUUGGGGGUAACAUAUCAAAUGUAUCUUUAGUUGUAAUUUCUUUUUCUGAAUUUUCAACUUUUGCAGGUAAAGAGUCAACAGUUACAGAAGUAUCAUCAGUAUUGAGUAGUGAAGAGUAUGCUUCAACCGAAAAGCUAAUACUGUCAUUGGAAAAAAGCAUAACCGAUAAUUCGUCUGUAAUUUUGGAAACAAUGUCAAUGGAAGUCACAACUAACAGUGUUGCCCAAGGCUCCAAAACACAAUAUAUAAAUUCCCUGAUGGAAACUUUGCACUUUUCAACAAUGCUUACAACUUGUAUUGAAGAUGGGGUGACAAAGACUGCUAUUGUUGAAGUUGAGAGAGAUGCACAAUCCCAACAAAUUACACGAACUUCAUAUUUUCCACAUUUUUACGUCAAAACUCAAGUGACUACGACUGAAAUAGAUGGAACAAUGCAGGCACAAGUUCUUGCAAUUAAUUUAUCCGGUAUUGGAAAUGUUGAAGAGGCCAUAAUGACAAAAACAAUCGAAAUCUCUGUUAUUUCAUACGACAAUCGAAUACCCCCUAGUAUUGCUGGUACUGAAAAAAAAACAGUAUAUUGGAAUUCUAGUUUAACAUCUGAUGCCACAAAUUAUAAUUACUUGAAAGUGUUGACAGAAAUUGAAAGUUCAAAUACGAAAGAUGAAACAAAGGUGAAAAAGAAAACCUCAAUACUAGCGGCAGCAGUGACUGCAAGUGGUAAUAUUGAUGAAACUGAUGCUAUCGACAAAACUGAUGCUAUUGACAAAACUGACACUAUCGACAAAACUGAUGCAAUUGACAAAACUGAUGCUAUCGACAAAACUGAUGCUAUCGACAAAACUGAUGCUACUGAUGAAGCUGGUGCUAUCGACAAAACUGAUGCUAUUGACAAAACUGACACUAUCGACAAAACUGAUGCUAUUGACAAAACUGAUGCUAUGGGUAUAACAGGUGUGACUAAUUUGGGAAGGGUAAACACAUUAGAAGUUAAUAUUGAUGAUGCAUUUUCCUCCUAUAUGAGUAAAGGGAUGAAAGAUGAUACUUUUGAAUAUUCCACAAUUGCAACAUCUACAAUGUCUAAUUCUGCAACUUGGGAGUUUGAUAACGGAAUUACAAAUUUGAAAAAGUAUAUGCCUCAUUUAGGUAUAUCAGUAUUUAUAUGUAUUAUGUUGAUGUAA